AACAGACUAGUGUAACUACCAAAAUGUCUCGGUUUCCCCCUACUGGUAUGGAUAUGGUGAACCGGAGAGAAACCAGGUGGCAGGCAGGAGCUGGAGAUGAGGAGUGCAAUCGGGCCAUCCUGGUCUCAGUGUCAACCUUCGACCAUGGGGUUCCGCUAUGCAAGAGGCCAGGAGCAAAGAAAGACAACAAGAGACUCCACCGUACACUGACAAGGCUGGGUUACAAAGUUGAAAUACACACAGACCUUAAUGCUCAGGAGAUAUUAACACUCUUCAAGACAGAGAGUGAACGGAAAGUGAAGGAGUGUUUCCUUGCGGUGCUGUCGUCUCACGGGGAGGACGGCUGUGUGUUUGGCGCGGACGGACAGCCUGUUAGACUGUCCCACAUCUUCUCCUGCUUCAGCAACACCCACAUGGAGAGCAAGACCAAACUGUUCUUCAUCCAGGCAUGUCGUGGGGGUGAGCUGGAUGAUGGUGUAACAGUGGAGACAGAUUCAGCUGGAAGUGAUGGAACAGAGGACACCCUUUGUCAGUACCUGUCCAUUCCCAUGGAUACGGCAGUGAUGUACGCCACCACGCCAGGUUACGGGGCCUUCAUGCACCCUCUGGGAGCUGUCUUCCUUCAGACACUCUGCAUCCUUUUGGAGGAGGAAGGGGGUGGGGCCAUGGAGCUGACACGCCUUCUGACACGCCUCUCCCACCGUGUUGCAUUCCACUUUGAGGCCAAAGGUUGUGUGUUUGGGGGGAAAAAGGAAAUGCCCUGCUUCGUUUCGCGACUGACCAGAGAGGUGUUCCCAUUUGCAAGGCCUGAGAAGGGAGGUGCCAAUGGACUUUCUACUACGACAUUGGUUGACACGGUGUACAACAGACCUCGCAAACCAUCUAUAAGCUGAACCCACAUUUUUUAUAAAAUCUAAAGACAACAGUAAAUCGUGGACUGACUUUGAUUGACAAGGUCUUUUUAGCCAGAGGGUUGGGAGUUUUUUGCGUAGGUUAAGACGGAAUUUCCACUGUUACAAGUGUACAGCCUAAGUUUGUGUGCAAUUUGGAUGACUUAAAAGGAAGUCCGCUGAUCAGACAUGCAAAGAAAGGAACAGAUUUGGAGAUGUUGACAGGUUCAGAGUGACUUCUACAGACUGAGGCAUUUUAAAAUAUCCCCAAUAAUUACAUUAUCAGGUUGCUGCAACUGUCAGGCUAUAAACAAAGAAAUAAUAAAUAGAAUUAAGAUAAUCAAUAUACAAUAAACAAUAAGCUACACUUUAACUGUACUGGACAUCUAGAAAUUAAUAACACAAUAUUAUCAUUUGAGUAUUUUGCUAAGUUAUGGACAACUUAUGAGUUAUAGCUGCUACUAGUAUGUCCUGUUUCAAAACACUCAUGUUAAUGUAAAAUGCUCAAUAGCAAAAUGCACGGAGUAAAAAAUUACUUGAAUAAAAAUUCAAUUAAUAGAUAUUUGAA